AAUGUAAUUACAGACUCAUACGUAGGUAAUAUUAUGUCCUUCUUAAAUAAUAACGGUAGUUUGCAUGGUUAUGUAUUGACUAUUGUGUCUGUUAUUGAUACCAGAGAAGAACUGGAUGCAGGUACUGAUGUAGAGGUAAUUAAUUGCUCUUAAAUGCAGAAAUUGAAGUUCUGAAUUCAGAAAUAAAAUAUAUUUCUCUAAUCACAUUAUACCUACAAUGCUUUCGUAGAUAGGCAACAUCAAGGAUAAGAACCCCUAAAAAAUACCGAAGCAAUAUAAAUUCACCGUUUCACAACCAUGGGCUAUUUAGAUGUAUACAAAAACAUACCAAAACGGACCGGGCUAUGUAUUUCUUGCGUAAACCAUCGUUCAUUAGUCGAAGAGUAAUCCUGGAUGUUGUACGGGAGGGGCGAGUGUUGGCGCCGCCCAACGAGCCACCCGCCCGCCUUGCGCACGCGCAUCUUUAAGAUCUCAAAUGAUAAACGUCACGCGGGAAGACAAGAAGACACAAACCUACCCCUAUAUUUUUAACUUUCAAAAAUCAUCGAUUUAAAAAAUAGGAUUAAUAUUCAUAUUUGGUUCGAAUUUAAAUAUAUUAUGUUUUAACAGAAUGUGCUAGUGCAGUGAAUUAGUGUUCUUUUUUUAAUUGUGCAAUAUUUUUUUAUAAAAAUGCCAAGGAAAAAAGUGAAUCGGUCGCCACCCGUUGAUAAACGAGCGGAUGAUGUGGAUGACGAUGAUUUCUUCUUUGAUGAUACUCAAUCUAAUUCAGGUCGGAGUUCACAAGAACCUCAACAUAGAAAUGCCGCCAACGCCCGUGAACGAGCCAGGAUGAGAGUUCUUUCUAAGGCAUUUUGCAGACUGAAAACCACACUACCUUGGGUACCAGCGGACACGAAGCUGUCAAAACUGGACACGCUGAGAUUAGCUGCAUCGUACAUAGCACACCUGCGGGCCUUGCUGCAUGAGCCGAGAUCUGCGCACACGCCGCCGCACCCGCUCAGCUUGGCGUGGCCAUUCGCGUUCCAACAUGGCGGCACCCUCAGUUGCGCGAUCUCCCAAAGAUGGAACGCUAACCCUCCAACCAACGAGUCAACAAAUUGCCGAAGUACCACUCAGGUACCAAGAGAGAAUGUCCAUGAUAUGGACAGUGGACACUGUGAAGGCUAUCAAGAAUACAAUGACAAUGAUUAUGAAGAGCGGUGCUACGAAGAUAUGACGAACGAAUCCUGCGCACCGAUGCAAUACUGUAACUAUGGGUACAAGGAGAAUUACUACGACAUGAGAAACUCUUACGCAUCAGAUACUAUGAUGAAUAAUGCAUAGUUCUCUGACCAAAGAAAUUUUAUUACAUAAACUUUUUAUAGGAACAUGAUUUUAUUUUAUGAAUUGGAUUUUCAGAUUUUUUGGCAUUUUAAUAAACAAUGACAAGAAUUGACAGCUCGUUUGAUUUUACGGUCGAUAUAUUUGGAGGAGUUGACAAUCAUAGAUCUUAAAGAAUUUUGUAAUUAAUCAACAUUAUACCUUGUCAUAGGGGCAAUAAAUUAUACGUUAAAAAUAUUGAGGAAUAGUUAAUUAAUGAGUAAAUUAAGAAACAAAGCUUUGCGAACUUCAAAGCGGAAAGUAUUAUGUUUCAAGGAUAUUUGGUUGCAGUAUUUUACAUGGUAAACCCUUUCCACCAAAACAAUUAUAAAAAUAUUUUGCAGAAACUUUCGUUCUAAUUUGAAAGCGCGUUAGUCAUUCGAGGUAAAGUGGUAACUCUACACUCAACUAAGUAGACGUCGAGGAGCGACAUCGUUCCGAACCUGACAAAACAAACACGAAAAUAGUCGCCGUCAGAAAAAAUAUAUUUCCUUGCGGGAACCGCGCCUAGUAUUAGUUUCUUUAAUACGUAUUUUAUUUACGUAAUACGAAAUUGUUUUGCUGUGGUUGGUACGGUUAUUAAUUCGACGGGUGACCAAUUUUGUCUAAAAUUUGUUUUUUUAGUGUAUUCAUACGGAACCGUCAGACUCGCCAGCUCG